AUGAGCAAAGCAAAUGCUGCGAUCACUAGAUUACAAGUCCAUGCUGAGAAGCGGUUCUUAGAAGAGACAGUGGAGUGUGCAAAGAUACCUGACCUACUUCGAGCAAAAUACAUAGAUGAGUCUAAGGUGGACGUAAUGCAGAUGUAUUAUGUACUGAUGCAAAAAACUCAAGGGCGUGAGAUACACCAAGCAAAGUGGACGCAGGAAAUGAUCUCGGAGAAUGUUGAUCCGCUUAUACUUGAAGCAGUGAGUGAAUACGCCACACAGAAUUCACUCAAAUCAGUGUCUGAUAUUGGAAGGCAGUUCCAGGUGGCACAACAAUGCUAUGAAGAUAUGACGAGGCGGAAAAAGAAUCCACUGAAGUGGAAUGCAAGCAUAGGAAAGAAGAUAAGUUUGAGUAAUUUCCACAAAACCCUCAUAGAGCGGUAUUUGGCCAGAGAAACACUUGAGGGUAAAAUCUGA